AGGAGAGAGGAGAGAGGAGAGGAGAGAGUGUACUGGAGUGCUGAAGACGAUGGAGCACAGCCACAUCGUGCCGCCGCUGCCGUCCAACGGGAGCUCCAGGGGAGAGGGGCGCUCGGCGUUGCACGAUGCCCAGGAUGCCCACGCGUGCCCUCUCGCCCCGCUGCCCCUCGUCUACUACAGCAGCCUGCUCUGCCUCGGACUGCCCGCCAACAUCCUGACGGUGGUCAUUCUCUCUCAGCUGGUGCGUCGUCGUCACAAGUCCUCGUAUAACUACCUGCUGGCGCUGGCGGUGGCUGACCUGCUGGUGCUGCUGCUCAUCGUGUUCCUGGACUUCCUGCUGGAGGACUUCAUCCUGGGCCGGCCGCUGCCCCCGGUGGUCAACGCGGCGCUGCAGGUGCUGGAGUUCUGGGCGCUGCACGCGUCCGUGUGGACCGCCGUGCCGCUGACCGCCGACCGCUACAUCGCCGUGUGCCACCCGCUGCGCUACCACAGUGUCUCGUACCCGGCGCGCGCCCGAAGGGUCAUCGCCACCGUCUACGCCACCUGCCUCCUCACCGCUGCCCCCUACUACUGGUGGCCGGAACUGUGGCACGGACCGCACCAACGCACAGAGGAGGGUGUGCGGGAGCACGUGUUGGUGUGGGCUCACUGCGUGGCGGUCUAUCUGCUGCCCUGCUCCGUCUUCCUGUCGCUCAACGCCGCCAUCGUGCUCAAGCUCCGGCGCCGCAGCUGCUUCCGUCUCCGCGGCUACUCCACGGGCAAGACCACGGCCAUCCUGCUGGCCAUCACGUCGGUGUUCGCCGUGCUCUGGGCGCCACGCACCGCCAUCAUCCUCUACCACCUGUACGCGGGUCCGGCAGCGCUGACCUCCGACCCCGCGCGCGUGCGCACGCUGCACCUGCUCUCGGACCUGGCCAACAUGCUGGCGCUGCUGAACACGGCGGUCAACUUCUUCCUCUACUGCUUCAUCAGCCGUCGCUUCCGCCGCAUGGCGGCCGGCGUGCUGCGCAGCACCUGUGGUUGCCGCGGGCGACGCCCGCCCCCCGCGCCUGUCUUCGCCGCCCACAGCAGCGUCUCCAUGACGAGCAGCCCCUGGGUCUCGCCCGCCAGCUCACACUGCAUCCGCAUGCUGGUGCACCCGCCCGAGCGCCACAACACACACUCCGCGCGCCUCUCCAGCUAAACACACACACACACACAGCAGGGUGUGUUCAUGCUCCUUUAGGGUUUAAACCCAUGUUUCUAGACUGAGGUCAGGGUUAUGUGAUCCAUGUCAAUCAACUGAUGAACUGAGGUACUGCAGCGAUCAAUAAUCAAGUGAUCAAGUAUUAAUGGCGCAGCAGGAAUCAAUAAUCAAGUGAUCAGUAUUAAUGGAGCUGUGGGGAUCAAUAAUUAAGUGAUCAAUAUUAAUGGCGAUGUGAGGAUCAAUAAUCAAGUGAUCAGUAUUAAUGUGGGAAUCAAUAAUCAAGUGAUCAAUAUUAAUGGCGCUGUGGGAAUUAAUAAUCAAGUGAUCAAUAUUAAUGGCGAUGUGGGGAUCAAUAAUCAAGUGAUCAGUAUUAAUGUGGGAAUCAAUAAUCAAGUGAUCAAUAUUAAUGGCGCUGUGGGAAUUAAUAAUCAAGUGAUCAAUAUUAAUGGCGAUGUGGGGAUCAAUAAUCAAGUGAUCAGUAUUAAUGUGGGAAUCAAUAAUCAAGUGAUCAAUAUUAAUGGCGCUGUGGGAAUUAAUAAUCAAGUGAUCAAUAUUAAUGUCGAUGUGGGAAUCAAUAAUCAAGUGAUCAGUAUUAAUGGCGCUGUGGGAAUUAAUAAUCAAGAGAUCAAUAUUAAUGUGGGAAUCAAUAAAGCUGCAUUCAGCUGUAGAGUUUCAUACAGACAGUCGAUAUGGAGAUGAGGAGAAGUAGAAGGCCAUAGCGGGGGAGGACUUUCUGUGAGAACGCAGGGCUGGGAUUGGCUCAGAGGGGGCCCAUGUGACAGGAGAGCCACCCCUAAUUGGAGGAGAGCUCAUUAAUACAAAUAUAUUAUACAAAUAAAGCUCCUCCCUUAAAGAAGGUGUA